ACCCACUCCUGCCCACCACCACAUUCAUCCUUCUACGCGCCCAUGCAAGCCGCACCUUAAACCGACGACUGUGACUGUGACUGUGCCGCUUGAAACCAACGUCAACAAUCGGCGUCACAGUGACGUGGGCCUAGACAAUGCACCCCACAAGAUCACACGAAAACAGUAUUGAGCCAAGCACGAGGAGGUGAAAUAUGGGCGGAUCAGCGAGAAACCGAGGCGGAGGGCGCGUAAAGAGAAAAGAGGUGGAGACAGAGGAUGGCUGGACAGUUGUCACGCAUGGGCUAUCGAAUUUGUCGCUUGGAAGAGGAAAAGAUCAGGCUAAAAGCGGAGGCGAGCACGUCUCUGCGUCGCUACCCGUGGACAUCGUACGAGGUCUUACGCCGGAGAAAUUGUUGGAGGAUUUUAAAAAGCUGCAAGAGCGGUGGGAAGACUCGAUUGUCGCUAAGCAGGUAGCCGAGCUACUGAACAAGAGACCAUGCGAUAUCGACUCAGCGGUCUGCAUAGGCAUAGGGAGUUUGAGUCGUGAUUGGCACCACAGGUGGAGGAGCUUGUGGCAGCUCGUACUGUUCAUCGAUGUUGUCGAACAUUGCAAGAGUCAGAGUACAGGGGAAGCAGGGAUAAAGAUCUACGCGCAAGACCCAGCGUUCACCACCCUCGACGUGACAUUUCUAAAAGAGCUGGGUAUCCAAGUCACGGAAACUGGUCUUGAGAACCAUAUCGGAGACGCGAGUUUCGUGUAUAGUCCGUUCGUGGACUGGUAUCUCUUGCUCCCUUUGUUUCUAAAAGGGAAGGAUCCCGUGCUAUAUGUUGGGAAUGAGAUCCUGGACGAUUAUACACCGUAUGGGCAGAGUCAGGGGAAGAGAGAGAGACUGGACGAGUGCAAUGAGCUUGGGAAACUAUUCUUGGUUGACAGAGAAAUGGUUAAGUUAGGGGAGUUUAGUCUUCACGCAAAUGCGCUAAAUGGAAUGGUUGUGUAUCGGAGGAGGGAAGACGCUACAGAGAAAGAGAAGGAGAAAGAAGAGGAAGGAGAACCAUGAACGCGCAUGCCAUCGAAACGAUCGACAAAACCUCAACA